AUGUCUUUAGCUGUAAAGAGUAGAGUUUAUCAAGUCACUGAACAGCAAAUUUCUGACAAGGUGAAAAACAUCACAAGAGAAAAUCAAGAACUUGUACAAAAGUUGUCAGAUUAUGAACAGAAGAUCAAGGAAUCAAAGAAAUAUAUUCAAGAAACGAAGAAACAAAAUAUGAUACUUUGUGAUGAAGCAAUUGAAUAUAAGGAUAAAAUCAAGACACUUGAAAAAACUAAUGAAAUUCUGGAUGACACAGCUAAAAGUCUUCGUGUUAUGUUAGAAUCUGAGAGAGAACAUACUGUCAGGAAUCGGGACUUGAUAUUAGAAAACAGGAAAUUUAUAGAGAAGUUAAACAAUAUUAUCUCCAUGAAUGCUUCAGAAAUUUCAGAGGUUCAAAUUGGUCUUAAUGAAGCUAAGCCUUAUGAAGAGAAGGUGAAGUCUGAAUGCCACCGGCUUCAAGAAGAAAAUGCUAGGCUUAAGAAGAAGAAAGAACAGUUGCAGCAGGAAAUCAGAGACUGGAGUAAAUCACAUGCUGAACUCAGUGAGCAAAUCAAAUCAUUUAAGAAGUCUCAGAAAGAUUUAGAAGUAGCUCUUACUCACAAAGAUGAUAAUAUUAAUGCUUUGACUAAUUGUAUUACACAGUUGAAUCGGUUAGAGUAUGAGUCUGAAUCUGAGAAUCAAAAUAAAGGAGGAAAUGAGUCAGAUGAAUUAGCAAAUGGAGAGGUGGGAGGUAACCGGAAUGAGAAAAUGAAAGAUCGAAUUAAGCAGAUGAUGGACGUCUCUCGGACACAAACUACAAUAUCAGUAGUUGAAGAGGAUCUAAAACUCUUUCAAUUUAAGCUAAGAGCCUGGAUAGCCACAAAAUGUAAUCUGCAAGUUGAAAUAAAGCAAUUAGAAAAGGACCGCAGUUCACUGCAGUCUGCCAAAGCUGGACUGGAGGAAGAAUGUAAAACCCUGAGGCAGAAAGUGGAGAUUUUGAGUGAACUAUACCAGCAGAAGGAGAUGGCUCUGCAAAAGAAGUUGAGUGAAGAAGAGUAUGAGCGGCAAGAAAGAGAGCAGCAGCUGUCAACUGCAGAUGAGAAGGCGGUUUUGGCUGCAGAGGAAGUAAAAACUUACAAGCGGAGAAUUGAAGAAAUGGAGGAAGAAUUGCAGAAAGCACAGCGCUCAUUUAGAAACCAGAUUGCUGCUCAGGAAAAAAAACUGCAUGCUAACUGGGUAAAAUUUCGUGCUGCAGAAAGGGCUAUAGCUGAAGAGAAAAGGGAAGCCGCUGACCUGAGACACAAAUUAUUGGAAAUAACUCAGAAGGUGGCACUGCUGCAUGAAGAGCCUGGGAUUGUGAAACCAAUGCCAGGAAGACCAAACACACAAAACCCUCCACGGAGAGGUCCUCUGAGCCACAAUGGCUCGUUUGGCCCAUCCCCUGUGAGUGGUGGAGAAUGCUCCCUUCCACUGGCAGCAGAGCCACCCGGGAGGCCUCUCUUCGCUACACUCAACCGAAGAGAUAUGCCUAGAAGAGAAUUUGACCCAGGAUCUGGUGCAGCUGCCAUGAUGAACAGCAACUCAAGAAGCUCUUCCCCUUCUAAGGUGAUGGACGAGGGCAAGCAAACUGUUCCCCAAGAGCCUGAAGGCCCUUCAGUUCCCAGCAUUACUUCUUUGGCUGAGCAUCCAGGAGCAGUUAACAUGGCUCCUAAAGGCCCCCCGCCUCCUUUUCCGGGGGUGCCCCCCAUGAGCUCCCUGGUUGGAGGCCCCAUCCCACCACCCACUCGAUAUGGACCACCUCCGCAGCUCUGCGGGCCUUUCUGGCCUCGGCCAUUUCCUCCACCAUUCGGUAUGAUGAUUUGAAUAGUAGUAACUGACUUGUAGAGCAUAUUCACCUUUUCUCUC